GCCAUCUUUCCGGCGGUGUUUUUCUUGUCGUUUAUUUACAUUUCUGUUUUCAGCUUUUCCAUUCCAUGCGGUUUCCAUCGUUUCCAUUUUAGGUUUGUAAUUUUUCUUGUGACCGUAGUAUCAUUUAUCAAAUUUGUAUAAUCAAAAGUCCAAAAUCAAACUCGCCUAGCGUCACCAUGUGGUUACAGUCCUUCAAAUUUUGAUACAUUACAUAUAUUUCAGCGUUUAUUUGGUUGUUUAUUCGAUGAACUGUGUACCUCAUAAUUCAUGCUGACACUGAAUUAUAAUUAAUCGAUUAAUAUUAAUUUAAUUACAAUAAUACUAUACAUAAAAUCGUGCUAAGGAUAGAUAAGGAUCUAAUAAAAUGAGGAAUGAUACUAAAGCCUCGCCAUCACGAAGCAGAAGUGCUUCUAACAGUAGUGAUAAGAGCCGAAGUCGCAGCAGAUCUAGCAAAUCUAGGUCACGUUCAAGAAGCAGAAGCAGCGAAACCGAUGGUUGCAGGCUGCACAUAGCAGAUAUAACUGAAGAUAUAAGAAAGUCAGAUCUAGAGAAAGUUUUUUCUCAGUAUGGUCCUCUCAAAGAAGUCUGGAUGACAAAUAGCUCACCGUUUUUUGGUUUUGCUGUCUUCAAAGACAAGAGAGCUGCGGCAACUGCUCUGAAAGAAGUCGAUGGAAUGGAAGUUGCUGGGGCUAGGCUCCAUGUAACGUAUGCCAAACCAAGAACCAGAGGUUCGGGGAGAAGGUCGUAUAAUACAUCUUUGCGUUGCUAUCAAUGUGGGUUCACUGGACAUUUCCAGAGAGAUUGUCCCGAUACAAAUGGUGGAGGUGGCGGUCGUGAUAGAAGAAGAGAUAGAGGGGAUAGGGAUAGAGACCGGCACAUGGUUGUUUGUUUAUAUGGUUUGCUUAGAGAAUUGUGUAAGAUGGUUGUUGAUGGCGGUUGAAAGAUGAUCAUCCCGGUCCGUCCCAAAUGGUGCUGAUCAGCAGAUAUGGUACUUCGUCCCGGAUUCAAUGAUGAUGAUGAUGAUGUUGAUUGGAAAUGGUUGAUGAUUGUUUGGGUCCCUGUGUGUGUCUUUCUAGUUUCGGCCGUACGAGAAGUUUGAGGCAGCGCAGCGACAGGGAUCGCGACAGAGACCGCGACGGCAGCAGAAGAAAGCGAUCCAGCAGAAGCGGUCGAAGCGGCGAGGAGAGCAGGAGGAGAAGGAGGAGAAGCGAAGGUAGCACUAGGAGGCGUUAGGUUUAGGGUUCGUGGUUAUUUUUAGUAUAAGAUCCCAGGGCUGUCGGACGUUAUUCAUUUUUUGAAUGGCGUAACGUGGGGAUUGAAUAACGCUUACAUGUGUACAAGGUGUACCGCAAUGCAUGGAGGGAAAAAGAACUAUUCACAGUGAAAUUUCUUUUGGGCGGGGCCGACUGAAAGUGUCCGUUCAAAAGAAAUACAACAAAAAUUGUGUUUUUAAAUAAAACUGGAUAUAUUAAAAAAGAAAAAAAUGUUUGUUACCUUUAUAAAACUAUGAAAUAAAAAGUUACUUUAGGGACGCAAAAAUUCAUAUAUUAUCGUUUGUCUCAUCUUUUUCUUUAAAAUGGCGCCUUGAAAUCAUAUUUCUAGCUUAGAAAGAAGCUCCAAAGACUCUGUAUCUCACUGAUUUUCGACAUAACUUUUGAGUUGCUUGGUCAGGGCAAUAGCUAUACCAUAAUUUGUAAUAGCUUCUGUUGGUACCGGAACCUCAGAAUACACUAAACAUUUCAUUUCGCCCCAAACUAAUAUAGAAAUCAGGAAGGAUCUUCAAAAACGAUCUGCAUGCACUCGCGAAGCCUCGAAAACGCUCACCGUUAAUUAAAAUAAUAUGGACCACUCCAAUAUCGCUGUAAAAGUGUGCUUUUUUUAAAACCGAUGUGUAAACGUUUUGUUUACAAACGCAGCUAGCUACGUUUGAUCUGAUCGAGGUGCAGGUGCGGAUUAGGUUUUGAUUUUACAUUACAUCUCGGCCAUCGACGUAUCGACCACCCAACUUGGCAGGUACACAGUUGAAAGUGAACAUAAGCACUAUUCAAUACUCCGGAAAAUGAGUAAUGUCUGGCAGCUUUGGGAUCUUAGUGGUAAUUUCAGUUAGGAGAUAUUGAUGAGAAAGUAAUGGGUGGUUCCUGUUUCGAAAGCAUAAAAAAGAAAAACAAGUAAUCGUGUUAUUUUUAUAAAAAAAACAUUCGUCGCAUUUUUUUUGAGAUUAUUUCUUUCAAACCUUGAUCGUCACUGCGGUCAACGUAUUUGACGAACAACGCGAGUAAUACGAGGUUUGUUGGGAAAAUACGUAUAAAAGUGGAAUAGCUUCAUUUUACAAUUGUUCCUUCCCGAGACAAGUUGCACUUUUGCCAACGCCCCUGUUGAUACGAUCGCUCAAAGUCUUCAAUUGUGAGGCUCUUCAUUUGCCGUGUCGUUUCUUUUUUAUACGUAUUUCCCGGACAUCAUUGUGCUAAAACAAUCUCCAAAUGCCCAGAGGCCUCAUCGAAAUUUGAAUUCCAAGAUGAACCACAUUGAGAAAGAAAUCUUCAAAAACGAAAUGCUAAGGAUGCUUCUUUUUUCCGUCAUAAAGAUAUCGUGUCAAAGAUAAAUCUAUAGUGAUUUUAGCAUAUAUCAGAGAAGCAUCAAAUGAUAAAUAUCUUGCUAUUAUUUAGAGAAAAUUUUCAAUCGUAAUUUCGGACGAUUUAUUUCUUUAUUAUGAAGCCUAAAUAAAAUCGAUUCUGUACUAGAUAUAUUUAUAAAAUGACAGCUAUGCGUGAAGAUAUGCAAUAUGUCAAGUUUUCCGAUCAACUCUCGUAAAAGAAAUAUUGCAUCAUUUUCAGCUAUAUCGGAAAUGUAUGCUAUAACUUUUCUGAACACUUAGCUGACAUUUUGAAUACUUGAGAAAUGUACUAGGAAAGUACAAUUUAUCUGAGAAAAUUACAUCACUUGAUAUAUUGGGAAACGUCUAUUUUAUUAAGUCUCAGAUUUACUAUAGGGUGGGUUGUUAGUUAUUAGUCUUUGCUCAUGUAAUAUGUUGUUUUUUUCAAGUUCCAAUAUCUAUGAAACAAAUUUUUUAUGUCGAAGAGAGUGCAUUGUCGAGACAAUAAGAAAUGUAUCAAAAAUCUAAAUAUCCUGACAUUUUUUAUUAAUCAAUACGGCUCAGAGAAUAAGGUUGGAAUUUACUUACCUGUGAUUUAUAAUUGACUCUUAUGUAAUAAAAUAAGGCCUGAGUUCAAGCGUGAGGUAGAAAGUCCUUCACUGUACUAUAUUUUUUUUGGAAUCUUAGAUUGUCAAAACAAGUGCACUAUUUUUCUUUUAGAGAACUUGCCAUGCGAUAUAUCACGUUUUUAGAGCAGACACUUUAGCGGUGUUAGUAGUGACAUUUUAUUAGGAUAUUAUAUUUUAAUGAUUCACAGAUUUAUGGCUUUGCGAACAGAAUAUGAGUCAGUGAAUGCUGCAAAGAAUUAUAUGCGUAACUUUAACAGUUACUAUACGAAAAUACCAAUUUACUACGUUGGUAUAAACAUCGUAUUUUGAGUCUCAUAUCAUGUUCGAUAUCCAAAGACAUUUUAGGUGUUAGCAUUUAUAUGUAUUGUGUAUUUUUGUUGAGUUUAUAUCACUGACUGGUAUGACCAAAAUAUAUUGAGAAACUUGAAA